AUGUCAGUAGAUGGGACUGACAAGUGCAAUAAAGUUGAGGGGCAACUCAACCUACUGGCAAGCAAGAGACAACAGGCACAAGGAAAGGGUGCAGAGGAGCAAAACCAGGAACAACAAACAUGCCGUGAAAAUAAUGAAAGAUUGUUCAAUCAAAACACAGUCAAAUAUAUUCCAAUUCAGUAUGUGCUGAAUAGCUAUUCUCAUUUUGAACCCCAUUCUUACCAAUAUAGACCAGCCAUACCAAUUAAGAAUCAAUAUAUGCCUUAUCCAUAUUAUGCAAAACCAGUUGCAGCUAGACCACAUGUUCAAAUUCCUCAGUGGCAAAUCAUGCCAAAUAUCUACCCACACACUGUGGUACGUCACGCAUACCAACAUCCAUCAUUUAUUGCUGUUCCCCCCAAAAAAGUUCAAGAUAAAACAGUGAUUCCUAACAUCAAGACCAUUGCUACUGUUAACCCUACAUUUAUUCCUAACACUGAACCAAUGGUGAACAGUGUAGUUACUCCAGAAGCUUCUUCAGAAUUCAUCACAAGCUUGCCUGAGACUACCACAGUCACUUCAACCAUGGUCUAA